ACAAAGGAAAAGAACCUAUUCAGCCCACAGGUAAGUAUCCUCCAGCUUCUGCAUUAAAUGAUCUUAUUAUGAAAGCAUCCAAGGUUACUCUUCAAGGCCAGAAUGAGAUGUCAUCAUCAAAUGCACACCCAGUUACAGCACCCACAAACCAGCAAGAAAACUAA